CUACGUGCAGCAAGCGUCCUUGUGGGAGAGCUGCACACGGGGCCAGGAGGACCUCAACUGGAACUGCGAGUCCCUCAUGGACUACGGAUGGGGGAGAGCAGCAGCUGCCACAUACCUCGUUGGCUUUGUGAUCCUGGUCAUCUGUUUUGCCCUUGCAGUCAUCGCGUUCUCAGUUGAGAUACUCCGCUUCAACUUUGUGCGAGGAAUUGGAGGCUUGCUCUUUGUCGUUGCUGCAUUCCAGAUCAUAGGCUUGGUCAUCUACCCAGUGAAAUUCACAGAAGAAAUUCCACUGAUGGGAGACAAUAUGUUCAGCUGGGCCUAUGGCUUUGGCUGGGCCAGCACUGUUGUUGUAAUAGGGUGUGCUUUCUUCUUCUGCUGCCUCCCCAACUGGGAAGAUGAAGUCCUGGGAAACAUCAAGCCUACCUAUUACUCCUCCUCCCCACAGAGAUCACAGUACUUAAAUUGAAAGAUUAAAUCCCAGUACAAUCAACUGUCAAAACAACAGAAGAGCACCUCUGAUGUAAAUUUGGUGCGAUUAUAAAGGCUGAAAAAACCCCUUAUUUCUCCAGAAUAUUUCUUACUAGCACUGGUAGUAAAUUAGUAAAAACAUUGGCAUCUUUAAGCAAAUAGCUUUUACCUAAAGUAUUAUUUACAUAUUUGCAUGUCAAUUCUGUUUGGGUGGUUUACUUAUUCCUUCCCCUCCCAACUAAUUGAGUCAUCCUUAUUUUAUUCAAACAUUUGCUUAUGAAUAAAGAUGUAGCGUUCAAGUGUAGAAAGGGAGAGAUUUUAAACAACCCAUUAGAGAGACUUACAAGUUAUUUUGUUUUCACCUCUGACAAAAUUGCCUUAAAUGGAACUAGAAAAAACCCACAACCUUCCAAAGAAUGCAUUUUCUUC